UAAACACGGGCUUUUCGCACACUAACCUGAGAUGUUUUAACAGAAAUAUUUUAGGUUGAACUUUCAACCUCCUAAGAAAUUGGAUAUUGAAUUAAUAUGUAGCCUGCAGCUCCACACCUAGUUUUCACUUUAAAUCAUUACAGACAUGCUGAGUUGUAGCAAUUCAUAGACAACUUGAAGCAUAUGAAGAGGAAGAAACCUCUCUUCUUAGAAUCAUAGAAUCACAGGGCUGGAAGGAACCUUGGAGAUCUUCUUGUCCAACCCUCUGCCCAAGGCAAGAGACAUUCCAUUCUGGACUGUCCAGUUUUCCUGAAGACAUCCAGCAAUGCGGCACUCCAAAUCCAGGAGAUAAAAUCCUGAUACCACCAUGGGAAAACAGAACAGCAAGUUACGCCCAGAAGUGAUGCAAGAUUUGCUAGAAAGCACAGACUUUACUGAACAUGAGAUCCAGGAAUGGUACAAAGGCUUUCUCAGAGACUGUCCAAGUGGACAUUUGUCCAUGGAGGAAUUUAAGAAAAUCUAUGGGAAUUUUUUUCCUUAUGGGGACGCUUCUAAAUUUGCUGAACAUGUGUUCCGUACAUUUGAUGCAAAUGGCGAUGGAACAAUAGAUUUCAGAGAAUUUAUCAUAGCUUUGAGUGUAACGUCCCGAGGGAAACUGGAGCAAAAGCUGAAGUGGGCAUUCAGUAUGUAUGACCUGGACGGAAAUGGAUACAUCAGCAAAGCAGAAAUGUUAGAAAUAGUCCAGGCAAUCUACAAGAUGGUUUCUUCAGUUAUGAAGAUGCCAGAAGAUGAAUCAACGCCAGAGAAAAGAACUGAAAAAAUCUUCCGCCAGAUGGAUACCAACAGAGAUGGAAAACUUUCUCUGGAAGAGUUCAUUCGAGGAGCCAAAAGUGACCCAUCUAUUGUCCGUCUCCUUCAAUGUGACCCCAGCAGUGCUGGACAGUUUUAAAACUGAUGAUUGUAUUACUUUGUGUCUUUCUGGUUUGUUUCUUUUGUCUCAUAUAUCUCUUUCCAGAACAACAUUCAUGGGUGAUGUUGCCUUUUUAAGGUUACCUUUACCUUCUUUUGUGGCAUUGUCUGCUUUCCUCAUGGACAGCCAUGAAGAAGUUGUGCUUACACUCUCUCUAAAAUGCAUUCUGGAUUACAGAGAGUGCAAUUGUCACAACUGUGUCCUUUUUCAAAUUGUAAUUAUCUGUGGCCUGUGUAUUACUGAAUAUGAAUAGGACUUAUUUCCUAAUUGGGUUAUGCCUUAAGUUGUGUCUAGUUUGCCAAUUCUAAGCUGGUUCCAAAACUUUGUAGGAUCUGAGGCACAUGUGGAGAAGACUGAAGUCAGCCAAUAACUACCAUCAAUCAAUCAAAUCUUUAUUAUGGUCAAAGACCAGCAUAAGGAGGAUGGGGUACAGUCAAUUAAAAAGCAUAGAAAAUAUAUCAAGUGAUUAUAAAAAAAACCCCAAAAGGUAUAAAACAAAGUAUAUAUAAAAACAGAAGUUUAAAAGAAAUCUAACAGGAGGGGUAGAAGUAUCAGAUGGGUGUAGGGGAGCAUGAAGAUUCGCAUGUGGCAAACUAAAUCUAUCACAGUACAGAGCGUUCUUGUAUGACGAGCUAAAUGCUCAUUAUUAUUAGUUUAUGGAACAUCUGAUGAACAUUUAGCACUGCUGCACAGAACCUGGCAAUAUUCUAUGUGAUAGCAAGGUUAGGGAUAGAUUUGUCCUGUGCACUCUGGGUAUAUAUGCAGUAGUGGAGAGAUAAGGCUAAUAUGAAUGUCUCUGCAAAAGAGGCAGUGGACAAGUGCAUGUCUAGAAGCACAUGGGAGUACCUGUUGGAUUCACUGGCAGUAAAAUUGGGGACUUGGCUAGAGCCAAAUGCUGUUCCGUGUCUGUUACAUUCCAUUUAAUGAAUGUCUUGGCCCCAAUAGCUACCAUGUACCUUCCAAUAUUGGGGAAUGCCAAACAAGAUUUUUUUUAUAUCAUUCUAGUGAAUAAAGAGGCCAGUGAUCUUGGGGAGCUUAAUGCAUUUGCCAGGGAGAAUGUUUAUAUGAGAUCUAGGAUUAAGACUCCUUAUAUACAAAUUUCUAUUACUAUGUCUAAUACAAGUUAGACAUACAGUAGGUUGUUGUUAUUCACUACACAUUUUCCUUAAAGGUAUUCAAAAACUACCUUAUGCUAUGACUUAGGGUUAAAUUCGUAGCUGCGAGAAGUACAUGAAGAGCCAGUUUGGUCUACUGGCUAAGGUGCUAGUUUAGAAGCUGAGAUAAUUUGAGUUCUAGUUUUGCCUUAGACAUGGAAGCCAGCUGGCUGACUCUGGACCAGUCUCUCUCACACUUAGAAAGCAUUGGCAGGCUAUUUCCAAAAAUGUUGCCAAGACUUAUCUCUGCAGUCAUCAGGAAUCAAGGUUAUUUCAAUGGACCAUAACAGCAACAGAAGGACUACUACUGGUACUGAAGAAAUCAAUGCAAAUCUUUUUUUCCAAUACAGAAGCCAAGAUGGUAAAUUAAAUAUAUGCAUUCAUUUUAAGAAAUCCUUAGUGAUCAGUAUAUGAGGUAUGAAAUUCCUUUUCUAAAUGAUGGUGGGUUCAAUCCUCUAGUCUGAAUGUUACCACAAAGGGACCAAUGGCACCAUGGAGCUAAAUUUAAAUAACACAUAAUUAAUGUUUUGUCUGCAAAGCUGUGAGCUAUAAUAGAAUUAACGAUAAGGAAUAAUUAACACUAGCUUGUGCUGUAUCCUUCAGAGAUGCUAUAGAGUUUGUAAAAUUAUAGAAAAUGUUGGGUUUGUACAAAUCAUAUAAAUAUUUCCGCUAUUUUUAAAAAAACAGAUUCUACAAAUGAAAUUUCUUAUCCUUAACAGAGAUUCAUUUGGAGAAAGGGUAGAGGAGAAUUUUAUUUAUCAUUAUCUUGAUGAUCAUUUAGCAUCUUGAAUCAGGAAGAGUAAUUGUGCAAAUUGAGAACUGAGCUGAAGAAAAAUUGAGCUAAAUAUUGGGAGUAAUGCAUGCCAUGGUAAGGGAGAAUGAAGACAUUUUUUUUUUUUUAAUCUGGAAGGCCUCCGGGAAAUGACAGGAUUUGAUGACAAACAUUAGAAUAUUGUACUUGCCUAUUACAAAGCCUUAUUUUGUUUGUACUUAGUUGAGGAGAAUCAGUAGUUCCAAUAUAAUUGAAAACAUAUUUUCUAAGCAUGUAACUUUACUAAGACAGAUUUGUAGAGUAGGAAUCAGCAGGCAGGAAAGACAGGGUUAUACAUAAUCUUUUUCCUCUUCUACUGCCACACCAAAGCCAUUUCCCUCUUCAGCUUCACUCUUGAAGCUUGGCUUUUAGAAAAACAAUAGAAAUGGGAAAUGGGGCAUUGUUCCAGGGAAGAAUUGGAGAUCUGGAAGUACAUGCAAAAAGGAGAAUCAGCUGGCAGGGAAGACAUCCAUAUCUUUAACCAUUUAUGCACCAGCCAGGGUUUCUCUUCAGAUUAUCUUGCCAAGGCAAUUUCCUCCAUCAUCAAUGAUUUUGGGAGUCUCACUGGCAUGAAAAGAUACAUAUUGCAAUGGAGAAUUGGAAGGGGCUAACGUUGUUGCACUGCGAUCCCAUUUCUUACAAAAUACUAGCAUUUGCUUUGUAACAUGUAGUUUUGCCCCAAUUCAAAUGGAAAGGGUCUGAGGAAAUUACAUGAUUUAAGCACUUGGCACCAAAGGAGGAGAUUGACAGGACUGCAUUUCUGGAGGGGUGGGGGGGGGGAAUUCUCUCAAAGUAGAUUCCCCACCUCAAUAAUUUUCAUACCCCAGAAGUAACUUGUAAACAGCCAGUAUUUCUUCCAAAUUCAUCAUGCUCACUAUGUGAUGGCACUUUUGCAAAAGGGCAGAUCUGAGCUGCACUUCCAAAGACGUAAAAUAUAGGACCCAUGUAGGUCUUAAUUAAAAUACAGGAUACUAUUUGCAAUGUAUUUAUACAUAUAUCCAUAUGCGCAUGCGUGCGCACACACACACACAGAUACACACCUGCACGCACACACACACAUACACAUAAUGGAUUUUUUUUUAAUGUUUCGUGAUUUUUGUCCAAAGGUAACUGUUUUAUUAUAUAGUUACCUUUCCCUCCAGCUCCUUGAAAUCCCUUCUAAAAAAACUUUAGCUAUGUGGAAGAUAAAUGGAUGGACACAAUGGAGUUUAUAAACAUUUUGGAACUCUUCCCAAAGCAACUGUCUGGUUUCAUGAUUUGUUAGACAGCAGCUUCAGUUCAGAACUAGGGAAUAAGCUGGUUAAGGGGGCUGUUUGUAUCUUGAAAUGCACCAGGGUUGCUUGACAUGUAAGAGAAGAAUCGUAGAUGAAAGGGAAUACCUUAUUGGCAUAGUUAAGUGGGAAUGGAGGCAGUGUUUGUAAAUAACAAUAGGUCCUUUCUACCUAAAUUGUUAAAUUUGUUUCAAUAAGGAAACUGCUUGUGGAAAAAAAAUCAACCAAGGUGUUGAUUGUGAGAUAAGUAGCACUAUUUAUGGUAAGAAGGAUUCCUUUUUAAAUAUUUAUUUAGGUUUUACUUCAUUAUUUUAUAAAUUCCACCCAAAAAGAAAGUUGGAUAAAUCCUCUCCUGAGCAUUUAACUCAGGGUUGGCUGAAGGUUAGAUUUGAGUCCUUGUUUUUUUUUUUUAAUUGCUUCUUUUUGGCCUCUAAAAACCAUAAGAGAUGUAGCAAUCAUGACCUUGGAAGAGUCAGAGCUGAAACUUGUUAGAAUUUUUGUCUUUUAGGAGGUUUUUGAAGGGUUCAUGAAGAGAUAUGUAAAGUUUAUCCCUAAAGAGUUGAAGAAUCAUGCUUCUGAAUUUUAUUUUGUGACUACUAAAAUUGGAUUUACAAUAAAAAAUGAGGGAGGGGACAGGGAAAAUAUAUAUGAUCUCUAAGUUGUGAAUUUACAGAGCUGAGCAUCAAUUUGUUUGUUCCAUGCCCAAGUGUUGCAAUGAAGAAUUACACUCUGCAAAAUGCUUUGUACUGAUACGAGGCAGUGUGUUAUUUUUCUUCUAAAAAUAAAAAGCCAGAGCCCAGCAACAUUUUUGAUUUUUAAGAGUACUGGGCACCUAACAAAUUUAUGCUUGAUAUUUUUAUUGAAAUAGUGGACAUAAUGUUGGCAAGGUAAAACUGUAUAUAAAACAGACAGUAAAUGGUUUGCAUUUUCACCAAUCCACCUGAUUACAGUAUUUAAUAUAGUAGUUCCACUGUAUUAAAAGUUAGGAUGGAACUUAGCCAUUCUUUAAUGAUGAGUUUCAGAAGCCCAUCAUUGUAAAUUUAAAGCAUUUCUGACUAAAUUUCUAAAAUAGUUUGCUUUAUGAAGUAACGGGUGUUCAUAAGAUUGCGUAAGAGUAUUUUAAAUCAUUUGUUUCAACAGUUGAUUUCAAAAUAAAAAAAUAAAUCUA